AAAAUUAACGAAGUUGAAACCUAAAAGGCUAAAACAUCGACUUCCUUCCGAGCUCCGGCAGAUCCAAACCCAUUCCGACAUAACUCUUCUCCACAGCUUCCAAUUCCAUGGAAGCUCUUUGAUCUACUCCUAAGAUUUCUGCUAAAGUGUCGACUCUUUUUAGUUGCAACCAGGUGGGUCUCAAUCUCAUCAUUUGAAAGCUGAUGGAUUGUCUACAACAAAGCUCAGUUCUAUUUGUAAACCUUCUGCAUUGACAAUCCUGAAUAAAUCAAACCGGACUCUCAAGUUUUCUGUUUCUGCUGGGUACCGAUUGGAUGUGGAUGUGUAUGUUAAAUGGCGAAUCUUUAGCAAUGAAGCAAGAGAAGUAUGACAAUAUGGGACCCAUUUUAACACCCGUAUGAUACGACGGUCGUUCUUAUUUGGUGGGUCUUUAAUGGGCCUAUGCACGAGUUAACUACAAAAGACUAAAUUACCCCCAUUUCAGCUGCUCGGAACCGCUAAACGCAAAUGAUAAAUAGCGUUUACAAAUAUUCCAGUUUUACCCUCAACGUUAAGUCAGAUUUACAAACCAGAACCAUAAGUAGAGCAGAUCUAAGAGUGAGAGAGAUUUAGUCGCCGAUUUCAUCAACCUCCGUUGUGUUUCUGCCAUUACCGCUCGCGAUAGUGAGAACAUGGCUGGAGAAGGUGAAGAGGAUGUACCUAGAGAUGCUAAAAUUGUGAAAUCUCUGCUUAAGUCGAUGGGUGUAGAAGACUACGAGCCUCGUGUGAUACACCAGUUUCUGGAGCUAUGGUAUCGGUAUGUGGUGGAAGUGUUGACAGAUGCUCAGGUUUACUCAGAGCAUGCUAGCAAAUCCAACAUUGACUGUGAUGAUGUGAAGCUCGCUAUUCAAUCCAAAGUUAAUUUCAGCUUCUCUCAGCCACCUCCAAGAGAGGUUCUGCUAGAACUUGCUGCAAGUAGGAACAAGAUCCCUUUGCCAAAAUCGAUAGCAGGACCGGGUGUUCCGCUCCCACCUGAUCAGGACACAUUGCUGAGCCCGAACUACCAGCUUGUGAUACCAAGGAAGUCAGCUUCCACAGAACCUGAAGAAACUGAGGAUGAUGAAGAAAUGACAGAUCCUGCACAGUCCUCGCAAGAACAGCAGCAACAACAAACAUCAGAACUCCCAGGUCAAACUCCCCAAAGAGUCUCUUUCCCUCUCUCUAGAAGACCCAAUAAGUAGAUGCACAAAAAGUCUAUCAUGUUAUGUAUCAAGAUGUAGUUGCAGAAUUAUUAUUAAUGACCAUAUGUAUCAAGGAGUAGAAUGUAAGAGAAUUAUAUAUUAAUGACCAGAGUCAGUUUUCGUA